AGGCUCGGAUAUUACUCCUAUAUUAUAUAUUUCCUAUAUUAUAGCAGAUUGAAAUCUAUCACGGGAUUCAUCUCAAUAUCCUCACCGAGCAUAUUCCUCUUUUUGUUUUUCCAUAAGAGCGUGGCAGAAAUCUGUUUUAAGACAGAAAGAGUUCCCAAAAAAAAAAAAGAGUUGCAGGGAGAUCCGCCCAAACCCAUUGCGGCCAACCUUCGAAUUUCUCCUCUCUUCUUCACUGGGUGUCGAAGAUGAAAGAAGAAAACCAUGAACAUAAACACAUUAUGGGAGGGCAUAACCAGGGACAUGGACAUGAACAUGAACAUGGACACAUGGUUGAGAUUUGUGGAGACAUAUCAUCUGGUGAGACGAGCCUUGGGGGAAUCAAAUCGUGUGGAGAAGCGCCAUGUGGGUUCUCUGAUGCCAAGACGAGUUCUAUGGACGCGAAAGAACGGGCAGCCUCUAUGAGAAAGCUCUUGAUGGCUGUUUUGCUCUGUGCUGUUUUCAUGACUGUAGAAGUCGUUGGAGGGAUCAAAGCUAACAGUCUUGCGAUUCUGACAGACGCAGCUCAUCUGUUGUCAGACGUCGCAGCUUUUGCGAUAUCCCUCUUCUCACUCUGGGCCUCAGGAUGGGAGGCCAACCCACGCCAAUCUUAUGGUUUCUUCAGAAUCGAGAUUCUUGGCGCUCUUGUUUCUAUCCAGAUGAUAUGGCUUCUUGCAGGUAUAUUAGUUUAUGAAGCAAUCGCUAGGCUUAUCAACGACACCGGUGAAGUUCAGGGCUUUCUCAUGUUCAUUGUUUCCGCUUUUGGUUUGCUUGUAAACAUUGCAAUGGCUCUUCUUUUGGGUCAUGAUCAUGGUCACGGUCACGGUCAUGAUCAUGGCCAUAGUCACAGCCAUGGCCAUGGAUUGACAAUAACAACACAUCAUCACCAUCAUCAUGACAGUAAUUCAUCACAUGGGCAUGAUCAUCACAGUCACCAAAACACGGAUGAACUACGCCUAUCUGAAUCUCUUCUUGAGAAAGGCCCUGCAGCUGAAAACUGUCAAGGAAAUGAGAUCAAGCUAGAGAAGCAACGGAACAUAAAUGUACAGGGAGCAUACCUUCACGUGCUUGGAGAUUCAAUCCAGAGCGUUGGUGUGAUGAUAGGAGGGGCAAUCAUAUGGUACAAGCCCGAGUGGAAGAUCAUUGAUCUGAUAUGCACUCUAGUUUUCUCAGUGAUCGUGUUGGGAACCACAAUCAGAAUGCUGAGGAACAUUCUAGAGGUGCUGAUGGAGUCUACGCCAAGGGAGAUAGACGCCACGAGGCUUGAGGAGGGACUGUGCGAGAUGAACGAGGUUGUGGCAGUUCACGAGCUUCACAUUUGGGCAAUCACUGUUGGGAAAGUACUGUUGGCUUGUCAUGUUAAGAUCAGGCCUGAGGCGGAUGCAGAUAUGGUUCUUGACAAAGUUAUAGACUACAUCAAGAGGGAGUUCAACAUAACUCAUGUGACAAUUCAGAUCGAACGGCAAUGAGUUUGGUUUAUGAAUCUGUGUAACUUGAGAAGGUUUUAUUUUACUUGGGAUAAACGUUGUCUGCCGGUUUCUUUAAUCAAUGUCAGUUAAGAUUCUCGUC